AUUUCUGCUGGCUCCAGGACUUUAACCAUCUAUAAAGCUUAGUGUUGAAACAUACAGAAAUUCUCGAGGAGGAAGAGUUCUUAACAUGGGAGAAAUAACUGCUCUGGACCAAACCAUGUUUUCUACAAUGGAGUCCUUUGAACUCAGUGAUCCAAAGCCUAAAAAGAGAAAUGGACUGAAGUGCUUCACGGUCAUGGUGGUCAUCUACCUGAUUCUGCUCUCCGUGGGCACUGGGUUGCUGGUGAUAAAAGUUCUGAAUCUGCAGAAGCACCUCAGGGCCCUCGAGACUCACCUUGGCAAUGGAACAAUGGCCGACGAGGACAGCCCAUCCUUCUCCUUACUCUGGUCGGAGCACACCCCUCACCUGGCUGCAGGUGCACUGAGCCUGCAAGUCCUGCAGACGCAGCUCAACCAGGUCCACACCAAACAGGAGUACCUGCUGCAGCAGGUGGACAACUUCACUCGGAACCCAGGGCUCUUCCAGAUCAAAGGAGAACGAGGCACUCCAGGCCCCCCAGGACUCCGAGGCCCACCAGGAACCAAGGGAGAGGCAGGCCUCCAAGGACCGAAGGGUGCUCCAGGGAAGCAAGGAGACACAGGCAACCCAGGACCUCAGGGAGAGAAAGGCAGCAAAGGCGAUGGGGGUCCCAUUGGCAAGAAAGGGGAAACUGGUGCUAAGGGAGACAAAGGAGACCAGGGCUUCCCAGGAAGCAAGGGGGAUAUGGGCAUGAAAGGAGACAUGGGGAUCAUGGGACCCCCCGGAGCCCAGGGGCAAAAAGGUGACUUGGGGAAACCAGGCCCUCCAGGUGUGGCUGGCAUUUCUGGAAUCAAAGGAGAUCAAGGACAACCCGGAGCAGAGGGUCUUCGGGGCCCACAGGGUGUGGCAGGAUCCCCAGGUGCCAAGGGUGAGCCUGGAAGUGCUGGUGCCCCUGGGCUAACAGGACCACCAGGGAGACCUGGGAGUCCAGGAGCUGACGGUGUGAAAGGAAGCAAGGGAGACACAGGACUUCAAGGACAAAAAGGAACAAAAGGAGAAUCAGGAGUUCCAGGCCCUGCAGGCAUGAAGGGAGACAAAGGAAGCCCAGGAAUGGCAGGCCCCAAGGGUGCAUCUGGACCAAGUGGCCAGAAGGGAGACCCAGGAAUGAAAGGAUCUCCUGGGUCUCAAGGAGCAAAGGGAGAAAAAGGUCAAAAAGGUGAAUUCCCGAUACCUGUCAGGAUUAUCGGCUCUGCAAACCGAGGACGGGCUGAAAUUUACUAUGGCAAUUCCUGGGGGACAAUUUGUGAUGAUAACUGGGACAAUUCGGAUGCCACUGUCUUCUGCCGCAUGCUGGGUUACUCAGCGGGGAAGGCCAUUUACCAUGUGGGAGCUGGCACUGGUGCAAUUUGGCUGGAUGAUGUUUCAUGUCAAGGGACAGAGACAAGCCUGUGGAGCUGCAGCAAGAGCAAAUGGGGCUCUCACAAUUGUAACCACAGUGAAGAUGCCGGUGUGGAAUGCAGCUGACCUGCUGUAGCCCUUACAUUGUUCUGCCCCCAACGUGCCUGCUGGACCCACUUGGGGAAGACCAGCACUCACUGAGGGGUUCCCUGAAAGUGGGGUCAUUAAUAAAAUUCAAUGUGCUACUUG